UAAAUAUAUUAAUUGCACGGGGGUAAUUACGUACUACAAAUGUUUUAUCUGUCCUCAACUGAAUUCGCAGAUCUAGGAACGUUCUUUAUUCACUCUCGCCUUGAUUUUCUGAGUAUUUUGAAUUUCGAAAUACCAUUUUCAUAUAUUAAAAACUGUUACACAAAAAGCCUUUUAAUUCUUUUAGUAGUAGUAUAUAGUAUAAAAGUUGAUAAUGGUUUCAGCAUUAGAGUUCAACUGGAGAGCACAGUCCUGUUUGAAGCAUCAUUUCUGUCGUUCUGCUUUCCGGGAGUGAAAAAUUUUCUGGUUUUCGACGCCAUGGGGAAGGGUAGAGAGAGAGUAGAGAGAGAAAGGGGAACUAGUCAUGGCGUGUUCUCUAAUAUUUGUUCAUAUGCUACUGACUGAAGAGAUUCGUGGUUUCUUUCCCAAGAUUCUUACCCAAAUAUAUCUCUCGCACACAUGUAGAGUUUGUACUUCACAGAAUGCACUCUCUCUCUCUCUCUCUCUCUCUCUCUCUCUCUCUCUCUCUCUCAAACCCUGUGUAAAUUCUCCCCUAGAUUAUCCUAGGAUGGAUUUUCUCCCCCUCAAGAAUCUUGAGAGAUGAGAAGAGUCUUACGUGAUCUGAUGACCGAAAAAGCGACUAGAUCCCGGUUCAGACAAAUUGGGAGUGGGAGAUGUGAGAUGGACUCUUUUGAGGCUUCAACCAUCGUCUUUAGUAGGAUCAGGAAGUUAGAGCCAGAGAAUGUAACAAACAAGAUUGUAGGGUAUCUCCUUUUACAAGACUGUCGCCAAGAAAUGAUUCGACUGGCUUUCGGUCCGGACCAUCUAAUCACAAAUUUGAUUCACAGAAUCAAAAUCCAGCUCGGGCUAGUGUCGAAACCAUCUGUUUCCAUCCCAAUGAGCCCGGUUCCUGCUCCGGAUCUUCCAUUUAUGCGUUUCUCACCGGUUUCAUCCCCUACAACAUUAAGGUUACCAAAUCACUACUGGGAAUCCCGAGUAAAUCCGGAGCCCAUACAUAAUCCACAUUUUGUACCCAUUGCCUAUUCUGAUUCAGUUCCUGAAGAUUUUAGGCUCGAAAAUCGGUCCCAUUUCAUGAGAUUGGAGGAUCAGUUCGAGCCAUUUGAUUUAGGAAAUCAAUCAUGUGCAAGGGACUUUUAUAACCCAGAAGCUACAUUCUCAAGAAGACAUCGGUCUCCAACCGAAUUCCCAAUCAAAGUUUGUCACUAUUUUAAUAAGGGGUUUUGCAAGCAUGGAAGUAAUUGUAGGUACUUUCACGGGAACCCUUUUCUGGAUAGCUUCUACCAGAUGUUUAGUCCUCGUCCAAAUGAAUUUGACAGUGAAGACCAGGUGUUUUCACCUCGGUCGCUUGAAAAGUUGGAAUAUGAGAUUUCUGAGCUGUUGAAAUCCAGAAGAGGGAAUCCUGUUUCAAUCGCGUCGCUUCCCAUGUUGUACUAUGAGAAGUAUGGGAGGACUCUUCAGGCUGAAGGGUACCUCACUGAAAGCCAGAGGCAUGGGAAAGCUGGUUUUAGUUUGACGAAGCUCCUCGCCCGGUUGAACAACAGUGUUCGGUUGAUUGACAGACCUCAUGGGCAGCAUUCAGUUGUUUUAGCGGAAGAUGUGCCAAAAUAUAUGGAAAACUGUGGUGAAAGAAAUGACCCAGGCCAGAUAGUUAGUGGAUCACGACAGAUAUAUCUGACUUUUCCGUCUGAAAGCACGUUCACAGAGGAAGAUGUCUCCAACUACUUUGAUUCCUUUGGGCCAGUUGAAGAUGUGAGGAUUCCUUGCCAACAGAAACGGAUGUUUGGGUUCGUGACGUUUGUUAGUGCAGAUACUGUGAGAAUGAUUCUGUCAAGGGGAAAUCCGCAUUAUGUUUGUGGUGCUCGUGUUCUUGUAAAACCGUAUCGGGAAAAAUCGAAGCUUUUUGACAGGAAAUACCCAGAGAAACUGGAGCAUCAGAUGAGUCAGAAUUCGCUCUAUUUUGACAUGGAUUCCGAGAUUCACCCUAGAUGGGAAUCCUCAAGAUUGAUGAGGGAGCCGUUUAUGGAUGAGAAUGAACAUGGCCUUGAAGUUCAGACAAGGAGACUGUCAGGGCUGCAGUUAUCACGAAGACCUCUGGCCAACCAAGAGUCCUAUUUUGGCUACUCCAUGGACGAGCUCAAAGCUUCAGAAGGUUUAAUUUACUCAGAAGUUCAGAUUCCUAUUCGAACCAUUUUGUAUGCAGAUCAUUCUAAGUUUUCAUCAGCAGAACGUUUCAACCAUCUGCUCGAUGUUCAUUGUGAGCCCACGAGUGAUGAUGAUCCCAAGCUCAUAAGAACCAUUCACACUGACCAGGAGAGCAGUCAAGGAGUUAAUCUCCCGGAGAGUCCAUUUGCGUCUCCAAUAGUAAGCAGCAUUUCUACAGUCCUAAUAUAGAUUCAGCAACAAACAAAAGAAGUAUAGAGAUCUCAGACUACUUAUUCCUUACUUUGAAAGAACAUAUACGGCUCUUAUUUGUCCCUCUCAUUUUCUCAACAAGCUCCGAGCAAAGUAUAUACUACCUGCAGAAGUUAGAAAUAUCAGAAGCGUAUAUAUCCUCCUCCCUGUUAUGUGGGUUGAAGGAGGAGGUAGGAAUGAAGAAUAUGACACAGCAAAAGUAGAUUAUAUAAGUUCCUUUGGUUUUCCAAAUGUUUUUGCAGAAGGCAAGAGGUUUGAGUAUUUUAGAAGACAAGUUGGUAUAUAGUCCUUGAAGUUGAUUGAUGAAAGUUUAGUUUACAGGUAGGGUUUCAGAGAGGUGAAAAUAUGUUUAGUCUCUGUAAAACCAAGCAAAUUCUUACAGGAAAUAACCUUUACAUGAAUUUUUUAUCAGCAUAUACCAGUUUUUUUUUGCAA